CCUACACCUGAUUGUCACUAUGUUCUUCCUGCUGAGGUCCGAAACAUUGAUCACCAAUGACCGCAACAAGAUCGCGCUCAAGCAACCAAGAUGCGAUACUUGAGACUGCUUACCGCAACUGCGCUCUUCUUUCACCCGCAGCUGGGUGCUGUGGCUCAAGCACGAGCGCAAGCCCCUGCCCCAGCACCAUCGAGCUCUUCCUCAGCGGCAGCUGUUGCAGCGCCCACCAGUACAGGGUCCGCAACAUCGGUCAACUUGACAGGGUCGGAUACAGGUGGCCUGCCAUGCAACCCGCAGCGCAGUACACUCGAUCCUCUUACGCACCGCUUUCAUUCCGACUGCGGCAACACCGAAUGGUGUGAGCCCGUCUACCAAAGUGCUGCUCCGGCGGCAUCAUCAGCAGCGCCAGCGCCGACAGCGUCCUUGCCUAUCAAUGGCUCAGGGGCAGUAGCACUCCAGGAUUCAUCGAGGGCGGGUCGCAUCGCGCAACACCAGGCCCCAACGCUAGAUCCUGUCGGCACAAGCAUUGAAGAGGAGGGAGGUGAGGAGGAGGAAGACGAGGGAAACGAAGAGGGCGACGAACAGGGCGACGAACAGGGCGACGAACAGGGCGACGAACAGGGCGACGAACAGGGUGAACAACUUAUCUCGCGAGAUCAGCUCACGCACAUGCAAGCCAUUGGAGCCGACCGCCAGAAACCCAUCUUCAACCAAACCGCAUUGGAUCGCCUGCGCCAUGUAGGCAACCGCGAGCGCAUGAACUCUCGCGAUGUCCCACCUUCGACCCGCAGCUCAGGUUCCUCCUCUGGCAGCGGCAGCAGUAACGACGGAAGCUUCGUCCCUUCGGGUCCUGCAACUGUAGCUCUGCCAAUGCAGACUGGCUUGCCGGUGCCAUCGUCAGGAUUCUGCAAACCCAAAGGAUGCAGAAAAGAUGAGUUUCCCUUUGGAUACAGGGGACUCACACCGCCGCCGAUGUGUGGAUCUGGCACGUACUGCCCCGAUGCAGAGAACGCUUGUCAGCCACUGGUGCAGAUUGGAGGCGCUUGCGAGCUCAACAGAGAUGAUUCCUGCGCACGUCCCUCAGGUACGACGCAGCGACCGCUGCACACUGAUACCAUCCAUCUAGCUGCGGCAUCGCGCCUUCGGAUUGGAGUUAUCGUCGCCCGGCAGAUGGGUGCAAACAACUCUUCUGGCAAUGAGUCCACCUUCAUCCCGAACGGGGCAAACCCCACUCCGCUUCAAUCGAUCUGCUUGCAAGGGAUCUGUAGGGUGGCGAACGUGUCCCUCGGCCAGAUGUGCGUCAUCGAUCAUACACAAUACAUUGGGUACGAUGCAGCAGGCAAGCAAGUCGCCGAUAUCGUUGCACGAGACAACUGCCUUGAUGGCCUUUACUGCGACAGUACAAGCCUUACGUGCCUGCGAGAGAAGCCUCUCAAUGCGGCGUGCGAGGAAGAUAGGGAAUGCAUUGAUUACAAUUGCGGGGCGGGCGGACAGUGCAGGGAACCUCCGGAGACACCGAACGAGCUUCCCGCGUGGGCAUUUGGGUUGAUUGGCCUAGCCUUAGCGAUAGGAAUCAGCGGCACCGUCUUUGGACUCUAUCGUGUUCAUCAGGUGCACCGUGCUGCUCGAGCCGAAGAGAUUGACCGCUACUUUUCCGAGCAAUGGACAUACCGCCAAUCGAUUCUAUCGAUGCACGCUGCAGCCAUCGCGGCAGGAGUGACUUCAAUGCAACCCAGCGAGACGAAUGGCGAUAUCGCCGAAGAAGGUGGCAGGGGCUAGCACAACCAGCAUGCUACCAUCUGCCGAAGCGAUGCCGCGCUUAGCCAGACGGAAGCCUGCGCCAGACUUUUGAGCGCACGCAAAGGGGGCAGCAACAACAGGCCCUUGGUUUUCUCCGUGUUCCAAGGUACACAAGUGUACAAUAAAAUAUGUUUGUGACAUCCAAG